UCACAAAUCCACGCAAGACUGCAGGUCAGCAAGAUCUGGUUGUCAACAACCCACUCUCCCAAGAUGAAGGGAGUCUGUGGAAUAAAUUCUUCCAAGAUAAGGAGUUGAGAGGCAUGAUCAAACAAGAUGUUUUACGGACAUUCCCAGAGAUGCGGUAUUUCCAGGAGGAGAAUGUGCGAACCAAGUUAAUUGACAUCCUUUUUUGCUACGCCAGGGAAAAUGAACAGUUACUUUACAAACAGGGAAUGCAUGAGUUGCUGGCUCCGAUAGUUUUUGUGCUGCACUGUGACCAUCAGGCCUUUCAACAUGCCAGUGAAACCGCCCAUCCCAGUGAGGAAAUGAAGGUUCUGCUUGAUCCCCGGUUCCAUGAACAUGAUGCAUAUGCAAUGUUUUCUCAGCUCAUGGAGACAGCUGAGCCUUGGUUCUCCAGCUUUGAGCGGGAAGUGAGGAAGGGGAAAGAGGAGAUGCUGACCAGCAUACCGUUUGCCAGGCCCCAGGAUUCUGGACCCUCAGUUGCCAUAGUGACAAAAGUUAACCGUAUCCAAGACCAGUUGGUCAAAAAACAUGACAUUGAACUGCACAUGCACCUCAACCGAUUAGAGAUUGCCCCACAGAUAUACGGCAUCCGCUGGGUCAGGCUGCUGUUUGGGAGGGAAUUCCUGCUGCAGGAUCUCUUGGUUGUGUGGGACGCCCUGUUUGCUGACAGUAUCACUCUCGACCUGGUGGACUACGUGUUUGUGGCCAUGCUGCUGUACAUCAGAGACGCAUUGAUUGCCAGUAACUUCCAGACGUGUCUGGGCCUUCUGAUGCACUACCCUCCUAUUGGAGACGUCCAUGCUCUGUUACAGAAAGCCCUAUUUCUCAGAGACCCUAAGAAUAAUCCACGACCGGUAAACUAUCAGUUUCAGCAGAAUCUUGACUAUUACAAGACUCGAGGAGCUGACCUGGUCAGUAAAACCCGUGCUACCACUAAGACAGCUCCCCUCAACAUGAAUAAAGUCUCCAGCUCACUGCUCAGUUUUGGUCGGAAGCUCAUUGCCCCGGCAAUGGGGGCCGGGUCCAGUGGAAUCUCCCCAAUCAACAGCGAAGUGAUGUCUGCCCCGCCUCCACCAACCCGCCCACUAACUGAGCCUCCUCCUAGCCCCUCCCCUUUAAACACACAGCUACAGAGCCAAACAAAUGUGCACACCCAGCAUCGCCUCCUCAAGUCUGAGAGCAUGCCAGUGCACCUCAGCAAAGAUGUAGGAUCUGGAGGAGUCUCUCACAUAUCUCUUCCUGCCCAGAUGGUCUCUGACACAACAGGCCCCUCCUCCAGGACGGUCAGCUCCUCACCCAGCGUUGAGAGUUUGUCAGGUGGGCGGGAUCACACCAUGUCAUCUCCUCCACUGUCUGUCUCCAGGGGGCGGGAGGGUAGCACCUCAUCCCCGCCCCUGUCUGCUACAAAAAAAGACUCGUUCUUCAACAUCAGCCGGUCACGUUCCCACAGCAAGAGUGUGGGCAGGAAAGACAUGGAGGAGUUGGAGGCUCAGGUGUCUUUGCUGCAGGGUCAGAUUAAUGACUUGGAGGCCAUGAGUAAAUACUGCGCAAAAAUGAUGAACGUGCACAUCGGUAAGAUUCAGGAUGUGAUACUACAGGAACACCUCGAGAAGGAGGACGAGGCUCUCGUGUCGCUCGCUGGACUCAAACAAAUUAAAGAUAUCCUGAAGGGAGCACUGCGUUUUAACCAGAGCCAGCUAGAGGCGGAGGAGAACGAGGAGAUAACCAUCGCUGACGACCAUUACUGCUCGGCAGGACAACAGACCCAGCGGUGCCAAGCCAUGACUGAGCCCAGUGGUGCCGACCAGGACCAGCACCACCAUCUCAGUCAGGAAGAACCCGGGUCACAGGAUGACCCAAUCACGGCAACCACAAAAUCACCCACAAUACCCAAAUCACAGAUGUCUAAUGGGAGGAACUGGGAUGACUACAUCCUGGUCUCACAGGAUGGUGAACUACAGCCAGUGGAAGGGGAGGAGCCUAGUGGAACUUUAGCCGCGCCCUUUAAGAUUGGCCAACGGUCUCACAGCAGGGCGGAGUUUCAUGACCCUCUGACAGGAAAUGCUUCAGGCUCGUCCAGCCCGGAUGAAGGCAGCACUAACAGCAAGGACUCUGACUUCACUAUUGUCAACCCUGCUGACCUUUAAACUUUGACCCCCCUGCCCUUAUGUGACCCCUGUAUCCAAGAAGCCCCACUACUGGACUUUUUGCACGUGUGCUCAGGCUUGUAGCCUGUUGUGCCCUCUGACCUAACCCUCUGACCCUAUGUACACCCCAACCUGGACCCUUCAGUGCACAACCCUGACCCUAAUCUCAAUAUCCUAAAACGUAAUGGGCUUUUUACUGUUUACCUGCACCCGUGAUCUUUCCCUGCUACCAACCCACAAAUGUAUGCCAUACUGCCUGCUCCCUAAGUUUAACAUACUACCUUCAUACCCCCUACUGUAUGUCUCCCCAAAAAAUGAAUUUCCAUUGAACUUUAAACCUACUUUUUCAUUUACUGCCCUGUAGCACACUGUCAGAUCACAUCUUGUCCAUCGCUGUUUCCUUCCCUCUGUCUCUCCUCUUCAGACUUCUCCUUCUCUCAGAGAUGAUAUCUGUGCUACAGUGCUGGAUUCAACAAGAUGCCUUUGUAUUCCAGAACUCUCUCUCUGUCCCUCUCUCUCUCUCUCUCUCUCUG